GGGAGGAGGAAGGUGUUGUUCAUUCUAUCUAUACUGUAAUUUAAAACAGUCAGGCCUCUUCAGUCACUCAAGAAGGGGAAGAAUCCACGAACAAGGAACACUAGUCAAUGGUAGAUGUUACCAGUCUUGUUUACUCUUGGAAAGAGAGUAUGGAUUCGAUCUCGUCUAGUUUGAGCUCAAUUUCUCUCGAGAGCUCUGAACUCCAGCUUCAAGUGGACUUCUUUCGAAAACUGGGUUACUCCGCAACCGAGGUCAACGCUGCGCUCUCCAAGCUAGGUCUCGGCACGGACACCAACUCCGUGCUGGAGGAGCUGGUACAGAGUCGCCGGGUUGCGUUCGGUUCAUCCGAAGAAAGAAGUGCUAACAGUCCAGAGGAUUCAAAUUUGGGGCAAGGACUCAGAACGUCGUCUCAACUCAAGGGCAAGAAGUGCGCCGGGUCUGAGUUGAGGCCAAUCGUUAUUGAUGGCAGCAAUGUCGCCAUGAGUCACGGGAACAAAGAAGUGUUCUCAUGCCGAGGCAUUGAAUUGGCAGUCAACUUCUUCAUGCAGAGAGGACACAGAGCCAUUACCGUGUUUGUUCCGUCUUGGCGGAAAGAGCAGAGCCGACCUGAGGCGGCCAUCAAAGAUAAACACAUCCUGAUGGAACUGGAAAAGCAGAAACUGGUAGUCUUCACUCCGUCACGCCGUGUGGGCGGCAAGUUAGUAGUUUGCUACGACGACCGCUUCAUUGUCAAGUUGGCAUACGAGACGGACGGCGUGAUCGUGUCCAACGACACCUAUCGUGACCUGCAGAGUGAACGACCCGAGUGGAAGAAAUGCAUUGAAGAGAGGCUGCUCAUGUACUCGUUUGUGAACGACAAGUUCAUGCCCCCAGAUGACCCUUUGGGCCGUCACGGUCCCAAUCUUGACAACUUCUUGAGGACAAAGCCACUACCGAAGGAGGAAAAGAAGCAGCUAUGUCCAUAUGACAAAAGGUGCACUUACGGCAUGAAAUGCAAGUUCUACCACCCUGAGCGAGCCAACCAGUCCUACCUGUCUGUAGCUGACGAACUGAGAGAAAAAGCCCAGAUUUCACCCAUAAAAGAGAACAUACGCUUGUCACACCCACCGUCUCAGUCCAUGCCCCCUCUACGCCCUCAGGAGCUGGAAAUGUUAGACCAUCGGUGGUCUUCACAUCCCUCUCAAGUUAGUCAAAACAAAGUCUUGUACUGGGAAGAUCAUAAUCCCGUGCCUCCCAAGUGUUCUGGGUCGACGCAUUACCACUCCACCAACCCUCAUGAGUACUUGGAUUCGGGUCUUGGCUCUUAUGAAAGUCGUUACUCUGAUGUUUGUGCUGGACCCAGACAAUGCUGUGGUUGCGCCGGAAGCCUCGACUCUGCAGGUUCAUCGCUGCUUUCAGCGCAGAACCGCAGUGUACCAAGUCCAUUUAACGCAGCUCCUCAAUGUUCGCAAAAUUACUGGUCGGAUCCUUUUCACGGAUCGCACCAUGUACGAAGAUGUCACCCAUUCCCGGGCCCGGUUCAAUCUUCCUAUAGUUGCUCCAGCUCGGAGCAGCGGGGCUACCAGCAGUUUGACUCCCAAAGACAGGAAGUGCGCAAGAACCUGCAAGCCAUUUUUGGUCCUCAAAAGGUGGAUGCAGUGAUGGACAUGUACCCUCAUGUGAUGAGCGCUGAGAAACUGGCAGCCGAGAUUCUCAACCAAAGAGCUCAAAAUGCAAUGUUCCUCUAAAUAUGAACAGACCGUCUAGAAUGUUUCAUUGUGCAAUUGUAAGAACACAUAAAACGUCAAAUAAACGCUCUAAGAAUCCUCAUAAUUGAUACAGCGUAUUGUGGCUUGAAGCAUUUUAUGAUAUGAUCCAGCAAUGCAAAGGCAAAUGUAGGAGCCUAAAUAAUGUUUAGUUAAUUAUUCAUGUUCGUGACGUCACGUUUGACGAUAGUGUAUCACAAAAGUGUGUACACCCCUUGCAAAAUUCAGCAGUUUAUUUUAAAGGGGUGCAAGAGCAGUAACUUCUUUUUCAGCCUUGUCUGUGUUUUCCCCCAAUAUGCAAGCUAUGCAUUAGGGCAACCGAUUUAAUUGCAUAGCCAACACCUCAGAGGAGAGAGUAAAUGUGAACUAUGUACAGUAUGAAAAGUGUAUGUAUGUGUGUCAACUUCAUUGUUUCAUAAAGUAAUUGCAAGGUCUUACUUAACUGUUUAACUUGAUGGCAACACUAAUCAUUGGCUGCCACUGACGGCAGCGAAAAAUAGCUUUCAACCCUCCAAGUUCAACCGGAGUGAAUGAGUUAACCACACAUCCACCUUUGUAACUUUUAUUUUUGUCUCUUUUUAUGCUCAACCGGUUUUUGAGAUAGCGAAUUAAGAUAUUAUCAUGUGGCUUUUGGACACAUAGUGUACUUUCAACGUGGUAAAUUCCUUACACAAAUCAGCUUUUUAUAUCUCUGAAUUUAAGUUUUUUAUUUUGUCAUGCUCAACUCCUUGGACGCUUGUGUCAGUUGGGAGUUUGGUGUAGGGAUAGUUUCCUUCGUACGGUCAUUAUGUCUGCCAAGGAGAGCUGCCGCAAUUGAUCGAGUAAUUGACAACUAAUGUCAAACAAAUUGACAACUGUUUGUCGAUAAAUUACAGUAAUCCCUCGUUUUUCGCGGUUAAUGGGGGCCAGAACCCGCCACGAUAGGUGAAAUCGCGCACAAGCAAAAAAAUAUAUAUAUAUUUUUUUUCUGUUCAAUAUAUUUGUUCAGAUUUAUCAUUGAAAACAGAUACAUAAAAGACGUU